AUCCAACUUAUUGCCAAUAGGUCAAUAAAGGUCACUUAACAUUACUUAAUACUGCUUUAACCUUUAAAUGACCAUACCUUAUCCACCAUGAUAAAAAAGAAAUAUUUGUCUUUCUAGGGACCCCCAGGAGACUUUGGCUCAGCAGGGAUACAGGGACCAAAAGGGCCUCGUGGUUUAAUGGGUAUGGAGGGAGCUUUGGGCCCCGUUGGCAUCAUUGGCCCCAGCGGUCAUCCUGGACCCCAGGGUGACAAAGGAAGUCGGGGGGAGACGGGGUUGCAUGGACCAAGGGGCUCUCCUGGCCCUCGUGGACCACCUGGACCACCAGGUCUUCAUAGUUCAGCCCUCUCACUUAGAAAUGAGGCUCUUGGCGCCGCCUUUCAGGUCAUCAUCAAUUCCCAUGGCGCACUAAGGCCAGAGCAGAAUUAUCAAAGCAUGGACCUGCCCAUGUUGGACCAGAGUACAGAGAUAUUCAAGACCUUGCAGCAUCUCAGCACUCUGAUCCAGAGCCUUAAGAACCCGCUGGGAACCCGGGAUAACCCUGCACGAAUCUGCCGAGACCUUUACAACUGUGAACAGAGGAUGCACGAUGGCACUUACUGGAUCGACCCUAACCUCGGCUGUGCUGCUGACACUAUUGAGGUGAUGUGCAACUUCACCGGUGGAGGACAGACUUGCCUGAAACCGAUCACAGUAUCCAAGUUGGAGAUAGGAGUGGGUCGUAUCCAGAUGAACUUCGUCCACCUUUUGAGCACUGAGGCAGUGCAGCACAUCACUAUUCACUGCCUCAACACACCGGUGUGGGCAGCAGGACCCUCCUUGCAACCUUCAUCCUGGGCUGUGAGCUUCAAGGCCUGGACGGGGGAGAAGAUUCAAGCAGGCGACCUCCUGGAGCCGCUCAUACCCAGAGACGACUGCUGGAUCAAAGAUGGCCGCUGGCAUCAGACCCACUUCAUCUUCCAGUCCCAGGACCCGAACUUACUCCCCAUAGUGGAUGUGUACAACCUACAUUCCACAGAACCUGGCGCCCACUAUCACCUCGAGGUUGGACCCGUGUGUUUCUUAUAGGGCCUUGUGGAGGGAGCCGGGAAUACUCUACUAAAAGGUAGUGACUGCAUGGUGGAGGGUGGACGGGGGAGACUAAUGCUUCUGUGGUUUCCAGAACAAGAGACCCCCAUUUUUUCUGGACAAAACAUGCUUGGACUGCAGAAACAGGAGGGGGCACCAGAGAAAGGAGGCCCAUUGAAAAUGCAGAGACUUCUAGCACUAAUCAGCCUAUGGAAAACAAUAAUAAUAAGCUUCUUUUUCAGAGACUUGUUUGUGUGAUACAAGACCUGAAGGCCCCUUUUUGGAAGGAAGUAAUAUGAACGUCUCGUUCUGUCAAGUCUCGGACCAUGUUGUAUCAUAGUUUCUUCACGGUCUGAUACCUAAUUUAGCAAAAACCUAAAACAUUUUUUCAAAAGAGAUCUGUACAGAAAUAUAGAAUAUGUUACAUCUGCAAUAAUUCCUAUUUUAAUGUUUUAUUAUUUAUACAUGUAUAUGUACUGUAUAUUGUAACAUAAUGUGCAAUAGUUAUUGUUUCACAGCCUUUAGGCAUAUACAGUAUCACCAUCAUAUCACUCAUUCAGGUAUACAGCGUGCCACAGACACACAAGCAUUCUGUCUCCAGGCAAGUCUCUGUGAGCCUCUAACUGUCCUGUGCUGAGAGACCCCGCGUUUAUACAGAUAUCUUCACACAAACAACUGCUGUGUGGUACUUUCCAUGUUAAAAAUGGACCGAAGCUUUCCACAGUGUGAACCGAGAAAAGUGUGUCGAGAUGCUACCUCGUACUGUACCUCUCAUCUCACAGCCGUUACGUGAUAUGAUCUGGGAUGAAACAGAGGUGACACCUGGUGCUGCAACAGUUGACACUCGUGUUAUAAACUCUUGUCAGCAAAGCAAUGUCUGUUCUUAUGAAAAAGGGAAGUAAACUAUAUAUGCAGGCCAAAUUCAUUAAAUUAUAUUUUCAUGGUAGUAUUUUAACGUUUUCAAUAUCUGACACUGAGUCUGACACUAUAAAUUAAGUUUUUUUUUCUAAAUGUAAAUGUCUAUAAUUAUGCAACCUUUAUUAUCUACAGUGGAUUCUAUUUAAUUUUUAUUUAAAUUCUGAUUAGCUUUCAAGUUCAAAGCUGUCCUGUCCUGGUAUAAGCUGUCCUGUCUUGUAUUUUAGGACAUUACAACCCCCGCGCUUUCUUCCCUGUUCAUGGAUUUGUCACUCAAGGUGCAGCAAGGUUGGUCUUGCCAAUCUAUAAACUCAGAGGAUUUCUUACAAUACACAACAUUAAACUACCACGGUACAUGAGCUUACAGUGUUUGGUCUGUACUGACAUUUUAUGCUGCGUAAAUGAAGUCUAAUGACUCAACAAGUAAUUCAAUAAAAGUCUGAAACCUU